GGCGCGCGGCCGUGACGCCACGGGUCGCGGCGACGCGCGCGGCUGAGCUGCGCCGCUCCGGGCCCGCGGCCAUGCCCAAGCGGGGCUGUCCGUUCGCGGACGCGGGCCCGCUGCAGCUCAAGGUCCGCGUCGGCCCGCGGGAGCUGAGCCGCGGCGUAUGCGCCGAGCAGCGCUCGCGAGAGAUCUUCGAGAAAACCAAGCAACUCCUUUUUCGAGGGGCCCAGGCCUACAUGGACCACUUAUGGGAGGAGAGCUGUGCCAUCGUUGACCUGCCAGAGUCCCCGAAGCCUGGCCCCACAGAGGCCCUCCGGGCCGCACGUGGGCAGAUGCUGAUUGGACCAGACGGCCGACUGACCAGGAGCCAAGCCCAGGCCUCUGAAGCUGACCCGUCCAGGGCAGUGACCAGAGCCUGUUCCUCGUGUGUGCGAGCGCUGGACGGGAAGGCGGUCUGCGGCCAAUGUGAGCGCGCCCUGUGUGGGCGUUGCGUGCACCUCUGCUGCGGCUGUGGGGCUGUGGCCUGCGGUCUGUGCGCGCUCGCGGACUGCGGUGACGUUCACGAGACGGUGCUGUGUGCUGGCUGCGCCAUGUUCGAGGCCUGAGGGCCGGAGCGGACAACAGCCUCCCCGGACAGGCCGCCCGGGUGCCGACGCUGCAGAGUGGGGGCGGGGGGUGGGGGUCUAGUUUAUAUUUUGUACUGAGGGCAGAGUGAAUAAACCCCUUUAUAUUUGGACCAGAGGCCUGGCUCAGCACUUCUGGGGGUGCAGCCUCCUGGGGCGUGUGUUCCCCCUGGUGGUGUGCAGGCCCCCAUGCCCGGCGCCCACGCGCGGCAGCUUCUGCAGCCCCUCGGAGCUUCGGGUGAGUGUGUUCCCGCUCGUCCCCAUUUUGUGGAUGGGAAACAGGCGUCCAAAGUCAGGUCCUUGAGCCCCCCUGGCCAGUGCUGAUGAGAGAGGAUUUGGACCCAGGUCAUCUGACUCCAGAGUGCAAGGCUGCACCAGAGCAGCUCGGGACAUGGGGUGAUGUCCCAGACUGUCCCUGAGAUGGCUCUGCUACCUGCCCCCAUCUGGUGUCCACUUGGUUUUUCAGGUGCCUGCACGGCCUGGGCUCCGGGUGACCUGACAGUCCCUGCUCUCCAGGAGUGAUGGCCAGCUGGGCAGUGUCCUUGCUGCAUUUGGGGCAGUGCGGUGUGUGGCCUGAAGGGAGGGGUGUUGACGGCCACAGCGGGGUGGCCGGGGGAGGGCACACACGAGCAAGCUGUGGGUCUCCCGCACCUGGUGCGCGCGUCCCCUGCAGGGCGGACUCAGCAUCCUGUUCACGGGAGGGAAGUGUCCAGGGGACAGUGGGGUGUGAUUCUUAGAGGACAGCAGGGGGGUGGGCUGGAGCUGGGCCCAGGCUGUGAUUUGCUACCGUGGGUGGAACAUAGAAACCACUCACGUUCAGGUGGGGAGGGCCGCGUACAGGCGAGGAGGCUGGCAUGCAGUCAGGGCCGCGAGCCCCGGAAACAGCUGUCCGUUGGCCAUCCUCGUCACGGGAUUGCCUCCUCUCACCUGGCUUCCUGCAGAGGCCUCGAGCCUCCCUCUAGGUGUCCACCUGUAGGCCGUGACCCCAGUAAGCACAGCAUCACAUUGGUCGUUUGGGAAAUUCAAAUCAAAGCCACAAGGAGAUAGCACCUCACACCGAUGGCCAUUACGAAGAAAACAAAACAAGUGUGGGCGAGGAUGCGGAGAAACUGGAAGCCUCGUGCACUGUUGGUGGGAGUGGUGCGGAAAACAGUGUGGUGGUUCCUCAAAAAAUGAAAAAGGGAACUACCGUAUGAGGCGGCCAUCCCUCUAGGGUGUGUGUUUACACAAAAGAACUGAAAGCAGGAACAUGAACAGACGUGUGCACCCCCGUGUUCACUGUGGCGUGAGUCACCGUGGCCAGGAGGGGGGCAGCCUGUGUCCAUCAACAGGCGAGAGGGUAAGCAGACUGGCCCAUCUGUGCGGGGGGGGGGGGGGCAUCCAGCCUCGGGGGCCGUCAGGACAUGCAGCUCCGUGACCUGAGCCAGCACAUGAGGACCGGUCCAGUGUGAUCCCGCUCACGAUGUCCCUCGGGGAGUCUGGUCAUAGACGUGCCCGGGGGGGGGGUCAGCGUUUCAUGGGGACUUUCAGUUUGGGAACAUGGAUGGUGGCGGUAAGCCUCACACUCGCUGAGGUUGGGGGCGUGGCCGGCUCAGGUCCCCACAGUCCGGGAUGGAGCCCGCUUCUCCCUUGCCUUCUGCCCCUCCCCCCGCUCGUGCUCUGUCUCUCAAAUAAAAGCUUUUAAAAAAUAAAA